AUGUCUGCUUCUGAGGAUGGUGGCAACAAGGCAACGAAAGCUGGAGAUCAUGCCGCAUAUAGUCUUUUAAACAACCUCAGCAAUGCGACAAAUGAUAGUAGUAUUAAAGUGCGCAUUGCUCGAAUGUGGGACAAUCUGCAUGUAUAUGACAAAAAACAGUUAAUUAGUAUUGAUAUGGUGUUGAUUGAUGAAGAGUACAAUUGUAUCCAUGCAACACUACCUAAGUCAUUUGUAGCGGAGUUCAGGGGGAAAAAAGUGCAACGAGGAAAGAUAUAUGUCAUCACGAAAUUUGAGGUGUCGGCCAAUAAAAAAAGGUAUGCGGUGGUUGAAAAUAACUCUUCAAUGUUGCAUUUCAAUGGUAACACCGAAUUCGAUGAGGAGUAUGACAAUGGCAGCAUCCCUCCCCAUGCUUUUGAAUUUGUCAAGUAUGCACAUUUGGAGGCUCGCAUUGACAAACCUAUGUUGUCAGAUAUAAUUGGCGUUAUAGUUGAUGUCAAUCCAAUUGAAGAAAGGAAAACUCCUGGUGGUAAAGUGGAUAUGUUGCCUAUUCGACUGAAAGAUAUAAGUGGCAACACAAUCAACGUCGCAAUGUGGGGACAAUAUGCUACAAUUUUUGAGGACACACUAAAGAGGAAUUUGUGUGAUGCUGCUGAUCCUAAUGUUACAGUCAUCACAUCCACUACGGCUAAGAGAUAUCAGGGAAAUUUGUCUCUCAACUCAUCAAGUUCAACAAAUAUUUAUGUCAAUAUAGACAUACCAGAAGCAGCUGAACUCAUCCAGUCAUUCAAUAUCAGGGAGUAA